GUGGAGCUGGAUGACGGCAAGGCAAACGCCGCAGCUUCCCUGAGGCAUGAGUACAGAGGAGCCGCCGACAUGGAGGCUUCAUAACCACCACCCACCCGCCACGUGUGAGGACCGGGGACACUUUUAGGGGACAACUCGUCCCCCGCGGACAGAUUUCGGGACCGGAGUGCGGGCGGUAUGAGCGGACGGUGAGGGGGACGUCUCUCCAAGCUUCAGCAGAACCUCCGACGUCAGGAUGAAGGGACGGACCGACACUCCGCGGGACCGGGGCUGCCUGGUGGGAAUCAUCUUCUUCAUUCUGGGCCUGGGAACGCUUCUGCCAUGGAAUUUCUUCAUGACGGCCUCACUGUACUUCCAAGGUCGCCUCAACACGACCGAGUGGAGCAACGGCACCUCGGUGGUGCGCAAGGAGUACUACUUCAACAACUGGAUGACCCUGCUGUCCCAGCUGCCCCUGCUGCUCUUCACCCUGCUCAACUCCUUCCUGUACCAGAGGAUCUCGGAGGCCAUGCGCAUCGCGGGCAGCCUGGUCUUCAUCCUGCUGCUGUUCGUCCUCACCGCCGCGCUGGUCAAGGUGCCCAUGGAGCAGGACCGCUUCUUCGACGUCACCAUGGCGACCAUCUGGUUCAUCAACUCGUUCGGCGCCGUGCUGCAGGGCAGCCUGUUCGGCCUGGUGGGCCUGCUGCCCCAGAAGUACAGCGCCGUCUUCAUGAGCGGGCAGGGCCUCGCCGGGACGUUCGCCGCCGUCGCCAUGCUGCUCGCGCUCGCCAGUGACGCCGACUCCGAGUCUGCGGCUCUGGGCUACUUCGUCACGCCGUGCGUGGGAACUCUGCUCACGCUGUUCAGCUACCUGCUGCUGCCCCGCCUGGAUUUUGCUCAGUAUCAUCUGAACAAGAGCAGCAAGUAUGAGCUGGGAGCCACCGACGAGCUGCUGAAAGAGAGCGGCGCGGUGGAGAACGGCAAGCUCAACGGCCACGCCAACGGGUCGGCCAGCAAGGGCCCGGCCGAGGGCGAGGGCGAGGGCGAGCCCGCCGCCGACGGGACCAAGCACGCCUUCCUGUCGCUGGAGCCGGCGGAGCCGGCCCAGGCCAAGGCCUCCGUCAUGGAGGUGUUCAAGAAGAUUUGGGUGAUGGCGUUCUGCGUGACCUUCGUCUUCACCGUCACUCUGUCCGUGUUCCCCGCCGUCACCGUGGACGUCAUGACCGCCUUCCCAGGAGGGAAAUGGGAGCGAUUCUUCAUCUCGGUUUGCUGCUUCUUGACCUUCAACAUCAACGACUGGCUCGGCCGCACCGUCACCACGCUGGUCCGCUGGCCGGCUAAAGAGUCGCGCCUCUUCCCGCUGCUGGUGGUCUCCAGGGUGGUCUUCGUGCCGCUGCUCAUGCUGUGUAACGUCCAGCCCCGCCGCUCCUCGCUGCCGGUGCUCUUCUCGCACGACGCCGCCUUCGCCGUCAUCAUGACGCUCUUCUCCGUCAGCAGCGGCUACUUCGUGUGCCUGUCCAUGUCCUACGCCCCCCAGCUGGUGGCGCAGAAGGAUGCGGAGACCGCCGGAGCGCUGAUGACCUUCUUCUUGGCCCUCGGUCUGUCGAUAGGAGCCGCUCUGUCUUUCCCCCUCAGGACUCUGGUCUAAACACACACACACACUCACACACACACACAUACACACUCACACACACACACAUACACACGUCUGGACCUUUGGAGGAACGGAUGAAGAACUGUUUUCCAUGUUCACUCCUCUCUCCUCUCAUUUCUGGAGCGUGGAUCGGGGGCAUUACCGUCACGUCAGACUAAAGGGAACCCAGAUGCAAGUCUGCAGCUUCUGCUUUUUGAUAUGAGUUUUUUUUUAUUAUUAUUAUUAUUAUUUGAUCAAAGGUUGGAAUGAUAAUUCUGUGUUCUAGAACAAAGGAAACCUUCAGUAGUGUUGUUGUUUCGACUCGUUUUAAAGGACAUGGAUGGAUUAUUGACGAGAGGCGGGGUUCGGUGGACGAAGGACUCCGUCUCCGUGGAAACGUGCAACUUUUCCUAAACAGUUGACAGUCACCAGAAUGAUAAUCCGACUCGUCCGUCUGCUCGCUCGUCGUUCAUGUUUGUAGCGUUUGGUCGUGUGUGUUAAUGUGUGUGUUCGUUCCGAGCCUCGCUGCCAUGUGGACGGACUCCGUUUUCAAAACGGUGCGUUCCUCACGGCGUGAGCCGGGAUUCACGCGAGGCGUACGAAUUCAUACGACAACCGAGGUACUGAAAUAUGACGACGCCAAACGAAACGGCAACAGAAAUCCACAGGUACGGUAAUCAAAAUGUGUACGAAAAACAAAAAAAAAAAAAGUAGACAAAAAAAUACUGACUGAGAACUACCUCUGAGGAACGUUUCUAGUGUGAAAAGGAAAUUAAUUUGAAGAAAACAUUAAACAUGAAGCCCAGGAAAAAGAAAAAAAAAAUCCCAUAUUUUUUUAAUAUUGUUAAAUAGUUUUUGUAUCUUUUUUAGCUGGUCAAUGUUACGAAAUAUUUAAAUAUUAACAGUUAUCAUUGUAGGUAUAAAUUAAAACUUAAAAUAUUCCAUAUUCCUUCUAGUAUGAUGGACUGACAGCCUCAAUCGUAAAUAUUUUACUUUUUUUUUACCCUUGAAAUCAUAUUUUCUGUGUUUUUGAUUGACACGAACAUUUAUUAAUUUGCAUUAUAGUUUAAUUUAAAUAAUACAUAUUUCCUUUCUGUAAGUACAAAAUUGUUCCUCUGAAUUUUUAAAGAUGCGAAGGAAUGAAACAUUUUUUUAAAUCUCCAUCAUCCCAAAAUCAACGGUUUAAAAAAAAUACAGAAUCAAUAUUUCUGUAAAUAACAUGAAGUGUAAAGUGGGUUACUUGAAGGUCAAAGGUGAAAAACCACAAAAAAAAAAUACAUACAAUAAAAUAACUUAAAACCAUGAAACACGGGAGCGACUGUU